AUUUAUUUGCAGAAAAUGAAAAAUGGCUGAAAUAACAGUUUUCAUGCAUCUUGCCAUGUUUUCUGCUCCACCAGUCUGACACACUGAUUUUGGAUGACUUUAUGCCUUUACUCCUGGUGCAAAAAUCUAAGCAGGUCAGCUUGGUGUGAUGGCUUGUGAACAUCCAUCUUCCUCUUGAUUAUAUUCCAGAGUUUUUUUCUGUUUGAUAAAAUCAAACAAACUCAUAAUUUUUAAGUGGUGUAGUAUACGUGAUGCAUGUAUUCAUCUUCUCUGUAAAUCCCAGCCGUUUAUAGCCUGCAUGCCACAGCACUGGCCUGAUUUUUGAUUAAUGAUAUUAUAAUUUCUGAAUAAACAUUGUGUCACCUGUACUGACUGUGAUUAGAACAUUUCCAUCUACUUCCUCCUGUUUUACAGGAAUCAGAUUCAGGGAAACACAAAAGCCUUCACCUGUAAUUUACAAGAAGCUAGUAAGUAAAUCACAACCAGCCAUAACAUUAAAAUCACCUGCCUGUUAUUGUGUAGACAGCCCUUGUUCAUCUAGCCAAAUACAGCUUCAACAUCCGGAAGAUCUCUGCAGGUGGUUUACAGCAGACUCUUUAUGUUCUGUUUGUUGUGAGGUGGAAAAAGCCUUCAUUUGUUUCAUUGGCUGUUUUUUCACUGCAGAGACGAACAUCUGAGUAACACAGUUUGACAUGGAGAGAUCGUUAACUGCGAGACAUGUCUAUACAAACCUACAUUUAAUAGGGGGCACAUCAUUAGACUAGGAGUAAUAGAAUGGCCUCUUUGUCAAAUUGCCCACUAUCUAGGAAGUUGACUCUGUCUGCAUAAAUAUAAAAACUUGAGUUGGAAAUAAUGGAAAAUGUUUAAACUGCUAAAAAAAGAAACCUGAGAAACAUGCUGUAUACAGAUUUCACAGUAACAAUGUGUUAUUUAUAAAGUAAAAAAACUGCAGAUAAUUGUUACAGUAUAUAUACAUUUAAGUAUUUUACUAAAUAUAGUAAUCAUUAAAAGUGAUAGAAACCUGUGUACUGCAGGUAAGUUACCUGAGCGCAGGUGAGGGCGGAGGAGUUUGAGGGCAGGUGUGUAUGAUGGUAUAAAUGGUGUAGACCGAGGCGAGGCUUUCAGUCUGGAUCUACAGCGUCAGGAUGAAGGUGAAGGUGUUUGUAUGGGUGAUUCUAGCUGCUCUCAGCUCCGCACACCAAUCAGGAGAGCUGCGUCUUGAGCUGCUAAGUGAAUAUGAGUUGGUUCGUCCUGUAAGACUGAACACACACCAGCAGAAACACACACAGUUUUCCCACACAGAUACAGUGUCCUACAGGCUGGAGCUGCAGAGCAAUAUCAUCACCAUUAAUUUAAGAAGAAACAGAGAUCUGAUCAGCUCCAGCUACACUGAGACUCACUACACCCCCAACGGCACCAGAGUAACCACCCUCCUGCAGGAUCAGGGUGAGGAUCAGUGUUAUUAUCUGGGGUCAGUGGGAGAUGAGCAGCAGUCUGUGGUCAGCAUGAGCACCUGUGAUGGACUCAGGGGGUUCUUCAGGACAGGAGGUCAGGACUACGUGAUCGAGCCACUGACGGACGGUGAGGCUGGAGAUCACGCUGUGUUUAAAGCUGAAUUCCUCAAAAACAAGAACCUCCUUUGUGGCGUUACAGAGAAAACAGUGGAGUCUGUACUACCAGCUUUCAACACUAAGGGGAGCCGUCGGGCUGUGCAGUUUGAUAAAGGGAAUUCUGAUAGAGAUGCUCUAAUGGAUGAGCAGAAGUACAUCGAGAUGUAUCUGGUUGUCGACAACAGUGAGUUUCAGAAUUUGGGCAGUGACAUUAAUAAAGUGAGGAAGAGGAUGUUCCAGAUUAUUAACUUUGUUGAUAUGGUGUAUCUUCCCCUGCACACCUUCAUCGCUCUAGUGGGGUUGGAGGUGUGGUCAGACAGAGACAAGAUAAACGUCUCUUCCUCUGCUUCCAACACCCUGACUGCCUUCACCCAGUGGAGGAUAAAUCAGGCCAAGACCUUCAAACAAAACGACAACUCUCAGCUCAUCACGUCGAUGAACUUCGGUGACGUGGUGGGCUUGGCUAACGUGGGAACCCUGUGUACCCCUGACUCCUGUUCUGUAAUUCGGGAUUUCUCCUCUAACGCUCUGGCGACCGGCGCGGUGCUGGCACAUGAACUCGGGCAUAACCUGGGCAUGGAGCACGACGAGCCUACCUGCUCCUGUAGCUCCGCCCACUGCAUCAUGUCUGCAGAACUCAGUAAUCCUCCCCCGGAGAAAUUCAGUAACUGCAGCGUUGCGGAAUAUCGGGAGUUCCUGCAGACAACUUCGGCUCUGACCUGUUUACUAGAUAAACCUGCUGAAGGCUCCAUCAUAGCUCCGCCCAUCUGCGGAAACAACUUCAAAGAGGAAGGAGAGGAAUGUGACUGCGGUCUGGUGGAGGAGUGUACGAACCCGUGCUGUGAUGCUGCCACCUGUACCUUAACUCCAGGCUCUCAGUGCUCCUCUGGAGAAUGCUGCAACAACUGCAAGUUGGUGCCGGUGGACAGUCUGUGUCGGAGUGUGAUGAGCGAGUGUGAUCUGCCGGAGUAUUGUACAGGAGCAUCUGGAGAUUGUCCUGCAGACACCUACAGAGAGGACGGCCUGCCCUGCAGGAACAACAGCGGGUACUGCUACCACGGGCACUGCCCACUCAGACCGGACCAGUGCAUCCAGAUGUGGGGAGACACGGCUGAGGAGGCGCCAGAGUCGUGCUACGACCUGAAUACUAAAGGCACGGAUUAUGCUUACUGCAGGCGCCCACUCCCACAGGAAUACAUUGGGUGCCCACAGAAGGAUGUCCUGUGUGGGACGCUGUUCUGCUCUAAUGGGACGGCUGACCCGCGGGCCGGUACCGGAGUGACGCAUGAUGGGACGUGCAAAAGCACAGUGUUCAACUCCAGCAUGGGCGACGAACUGGUGCAACCUGGGACCAAAUGUGGAGACGGACUGGUCUGCAGUAAUGGUGCGUGUGUGGAGCUGGAGGAAGCCUAUGGAGAACCCAACUGUUCUAAAGCAUGCACAGGAAACUCAGUGUGUAAUAAUAUAGGAGAAUGCCAGUGCACACCAGGAUGGGUACCACCUGACUGUACCACACGCUACACAGACCACAUCACCUAUAACAGUGGAGCAGAGAGGCUAAGCAAAGAUUCGUACAUUGCACUGGCGGCCUGUCUGGCGAUAAUUCUCAGUGUUCUGGCUCUGGUUGUUCUCAUCGCCGCAGUCUGGAGAAUAAAGAAGACCAACUCAACACCCUCAUAGAUUUUACUAUACAUACAGCUAGAAGUGUUGGGAUAACUUAUGAUUUAUUUAUUCGUCUUACAAAAUCAAGGGUAUUAAGAGUUUAUCCUGCUUUUGUUAGAGUAACUGCCACUACUGAUGGCGGCACUGUGGCUUAGUGGUUAGCACAUUCGCCUCCCAGCACUGAGGUCUUGGGUAUAAGUCCCUAUCUGGGUGGGGUUUCCAUGUUCUCCCUGUGUCUUUGUGGGUUUCCUCCGGAGACUCCGGUUUCCUCUCAUAAAUAUGCAGAUUUGGUAAAAUUAGACACUCUAAAUUGCCCAGAAAAAUGUAAUACCCUAAAUUGAUCUGGUGUGACUGUGCCCAAGUGUUAAUUGGCACUCUGUACUUGGUAAAUGCUGUAGUGCCUGAUGCAGUGCUCCAGGUGGACAGUCGUUUCUGGUUGAGAGUACGCUGUGCGCUCUUGGCUGCCGCUUCUCACCGGUGUGUAAAAACA